AUGAUCAAGUCAAACCAGGCCUCACAGGACAUGGAGGUUCAACACCCCCCAACAGACGGUAUCUCGGAGAUGCAGUUCUCCCCUACAGCAGACUUGCUCGCAGCGGCUUCGUGGGACAACAACGUCCGCAUCUAUGAGAUUCAACCAAACGGAACAAGCGUCGCCAAGGCCAUGUACCAACACUCCGCACCCGCACUCUGCUGCGCAUGGAGCAAGGACGGAACAAAGCUAGUGUCGGGUGGCGCGGACAAAAUUGCAAAGUUGUUCGACAUUUCCACAGGACAGUCUACACAAGUCGCUCAGCACGAUGCGCCAAUCAAAGAGGUCCGAUGGGUGGACGGAGCCAGCCCGAUCUUGGCUACCGGAAGCUGGGACAAGACUGUCAAAUACUGGGAUACACGGCAACCUACACCCAUCUCUACCGUCAACCUCCCGGAACGACUUUAUGCCAUGGACAGUGUUUUCCCUCUGCUGGUCGCAGCCACUGCUGAUCGUCAUCUGGUCAUCUACAACCUCAACAACCCUUCGACUCCUUUCAAGUCCAUGACCAGUCCAUUGAAGUGGCAAACUAGGACCAUCUCGUGUUUCCCUGCUGGCACAGGAUAUGGAAUCGGCAGUAUCGAAGGACGUGUCGCUAUUCAGUAUGUCGAGGACAAGGAUGCCUCACUCAACUUUUCGUUCAAGUGCCAUCGCGAGGGUGGACAGACUGUCCGCGACAAGGCUACGGUGUACUCUGUCAACUGUAUCAACUGGCACCCCAUCCACGGGACAUUCUCGACUGCAGGAGCGGAUGGAUCGUUUGCCUUCUGGGACAAGGACUCUCGUCAAAAGCUCAAGACCUUCCCCAAGGUCGGUAGCCCCAUCUCAACAACGUGCUUCAACCGCAACGGCAGUAUCUUUGCCUAUGCCGUCAGCUACGACUGGAACAAGGGUCAUACGGGAGCAACGGCUCAGACACAAAACAAGAUUAUGUUGCAUUCUGUGAACGAAAUCGAUGUCAAGCCACGAAAGCGAGCAUAA